CUCCUAUUCAUUAAAGAUGGCGCUGAUCAUGUAAAGUCAAAGUAUUUAUUUGCAUGUACAUUUUUAUCUUGGUAUGUUUCGUUAUUUAUGCGUUGAUCCUUGACAGAAACAUGAUAUAAACAGAAUUUAAAUGUGAUAAAGAGUUUUAAUUAGUCAUGCAAGUUACUUUGAUUUCUUUAACAGUACUUAUAUCGAUGUGUGUAGUAAGAAAAGUUUGGCGAAUUCUUUGGAAUUAGAUUAUUAUUUAAACGUUCAUAAAGAUAUCAACGUUCACUUUCAUUCUUAUUAAUAUAAUUUUUUACGUGUAUAUAUAUAUAUAUAUAUAUAUAUAUAUAUAUAUGUUUAUAUAUAUAUUAUAUAUAAAAACAAAAAACAAAAAUGGAUAUAAUAAUAAAAUUAAAUGAGCAAACAGCAGGCAGGGAUAAAAUUAUCAGAUUGUUGCAAUAUGGAAGUAGAGCUUGCUGGUAUUACGCACAAAAUGUAAACAGCACAAGACAAUCUUCCGACGUUCUACGUAGUUUGGAAUAUACUUUUAGUUCUUUCAGAAAAUUACUACGUUUUGGAAGAUGCUUGGAUAGCUUUUAUUCAGCUUUAUCAACAAUGAAAUAUCCAGAUUUAAUUGUAAGAAUUAUGUUGACAUUAUCGAAAAUUGCAAAUGCUUUGUUUCUUUUAGCAGAUCAUAUUAUUUGGAUAGGCCGUGUAGGAAUCUUUCGUAUUGAUAUAGAAAAGUGGAGUAAAGUUGCUAAUAAAUAUUGGUUAAUGAAUAUUACAUUAAAUUUAGCUAGAGAUGUCUAUGAAAUUGUUAAAAUUUUAGAACAAGAAAAGUUCUAUUCAUCUAGGAGAACUUCUAUGGUACCUAAAUGUAAAUCAGGAAAUCAUUAUGAUGCAUUAUUAUGUUUCAAAGACCAUAAAGAUGUUGUUAUGGAUACUGUUAAAAAUGGAUGUGAUCUAUUUAUUCCAUUAACAGCAUUAGGCUAUACCAAGUUAACACCUGGAAUUAUAGGUAUCUGUGGAUUGAUCUCUUCUAUGGUAGGAAUUUAUACAUUAGUUCAUCCAUUAUAUAAAUUAAAGCCAUCAUAAUCAUAAUACAAUACUUACAUGAAAUGUAAAUUGUAAAGUGUAUCAUAUAAUUAUAUUAUUCUUGUUAUAAUUUUAUUAAAAAGUUUUGGAAAUAGAUUUAUUAAAUAAUUCAGUU